GAAAGCAGCAACUCUUUGGGCUACAAAAGUCACGGAUAAAGGCUGUCCUCAUACGGCCUUCAAGCCCUAGGUGACUCACUUAACCUGGCAUGAAGCCUCCUGGUUCGUGAGAAAAUCAGUGAAGGCUGCGCCACCAGACACCUGAGGCGCGCAUCUUUGGCUCUGAGCUCUCGCAGGACUUCCGUGCUGCCAACUCUGAACAUCCACUAGGAGACGAGACAAGGUGCCUCAUUCUUCAGUCCGAAGUUCAGAGCUUCAUCGAGAGGUGCAUGAUUGCUGUGGGAGCAAAACCUGCACAUGCAAAAUCCCUGGCAGAUGUCCUGGUGGCUGGUGACUACAGGGGACACUACAGUCAUGGACUGAACCGACUCGAUAUGUAUGUAAAGGAUAUCAAAACCAAGAUCUGUGCCAAAGAUGGAGAGCCAGUUGUCAUUAAGGAGUCAGUGGCCACUGCUUUAGUCGAUGGCUGCAAUCUCCUAGGACCUGUGGUUGGGAACUUCUGCAUGGAUCUUGCCAUGAAAAAGGCCAAGGAUGUCGGCAUUGGAUGGGUUGUAGCUCGAGGUUCAAACCAUUACGGUAUUGCUGGCUAUUACUCGAUGCAGGCACUGAAGCAGGAUAUGAUUGGCAUAUGUUUAACCAACACUUCACCAUUGGUGGUACCUACUAGAGGAAAAGAGUGCACAUUGGGGACCAACCCAAUCAGUGUAGCUGCACCUUCUAAAGACGGAGACAGCUUUGUCCUUGACAUGGCCACAUCUGCAGUGGCACUGGGGAAGAUUGAACUUCAUCACCGUCGGGGGGAUGAAAUUCCAGAAGGCUGGGGUUGUGAUUCUCAGGGUAAAAUCAGUACUGACCCCGGCAAAGUGCUCAGUGGUGGAGGACUCGUGCCCAUUGGUGGUUGUGAGGCCACAGGUGGAUACAAAGGCUACGGGCUGGGAAUGAUGGUGGAGGUCUUCUGUGGAAUGCUUGCAGGAUCACAGUACAGUAAACACGUCCGCACUUGGAAAGUCACGGACAAAGUGGCUGACCUGGGCCAGUGCUUUGUGGCAAUUAAUCCUGAAAACUUCGCCCCUGGAUUUACUGACAGAAUGGAUGACUUGCUCAGUUUACAUCGCAAUCUGGAACCUGCUGAACCUGAAGUCCCAGUUGUGACUGCUGGAGAUCCUGAGAGGACAAACAUGAAAAAAUGUGAUGGAUUAGGGGGCAUACCCUACCACAUCAGCGUGGUUAAUUAUAUGAACAAUAUGGCCAAAGACCUUGGAGUAAAUCCCCUGCUACCCACAGAACGAAAAGUGGAGGAAUAACAGUUUGGUCUGAUUUCUGUCCAUAUGCACACAGUUAAUGCUGCUGUUUUUUUUCUAAUUAUUUUAAAAUAUUU